UAUUGUAUGUUAACUGAUAAUCCAAAUAAAAAUUCUCCAAUGCACUUUGUUCAUGAUGUAAAAGUGCAAGUCCAGUGUCGCACUGUACAUUUAUUGCUCUGAAAUCUCACCUGCGUGUGGGCGUGGCCUUGUGAAUGUCACUCACCCGCUGCGUCACGUAUCCACGGCUCUCUUGAACGCUACGGACAUAUGUUGUGUGUGACCCCUAGGAAAAAAGCAUAGCAUGCAUAAACAAACAUUACAGCUUUCUGUCUGCAUAGGAACUAAAAUGAGAAGGAGGCUUAUCGAGACUGAUUGACCGUCAUAGUGUAUGUGACAUCGCAGGUGUCAUGGAGAAUUCACGGGCAUCACUGAUGUUCAAGGCGGCCGCGGUGGCAGCGAUCGGUCUCACCGCCACGUUCGUCAUGCUCGUCCAAGAUCCAGACACGCUGUUCGGAGGGGGAUACCCAGAACUGUGGCGGAGAACCGGACUGGCAGGAGCCCCUACGCGAGCGGCAGCCUGCAUAUUCGCGGGCGUGUUCCUCUUAGCGAUGGGCUGGUUGUACAGACUGUUAUUCGCUCCUCUGGAGCUGCUCCGCGGUGUGGAUGAGGUGGGGUACAUCGCGGAGGACGGGCGCUCUCGUGCCCAGGCUGCCAACGAAGUGCGUCGGCGACGGAAGACCGGAGAAUUACCGCCCGUUUAUCCAAACGGCUGGUAUCGGGUUUUAGACUCUCACAUGCUGGAGAGAGGAGAUGUGAAGAGUGUGACAGUGCUGGGACAACAGGUGGCAGUGUUCCGUGGGCAGGAUGGCAAGGCCUACGUGGUGGAUGCUUACUGCCCCCACUUAGGCGCCAACCUGGCUGUGGGUGGGCGAGUCGUAGGGGGAUGCAUUGAAUGCCCCUUCCAUGGGUGGCAGUUCCGUGGGACUGAUGGGAAAUGUGUCAGGAUUCCAUAUGCAGAUAAAGUGCCUGAGUUUGCGAAGGUGCGGUGUUGGCCCAGCUGUGAGAUCAACGGGCAGGUUCUGGUGUGGUUUCACUGUGACGGACUGGAGCCCAGCUGGAGAGUGCCAGAACAGAGCGAGAUCACCCGCGGGGAAUGGGUGUACCGCGGCCGUACCGAACAUUUCAUUAAUGCACACAUUGAGGAGAUUCCAGAGAACGCAGCAGACAUCGCACACUUGGCUCAUUUGCACACUCCAGGUAUCGUCAGUGGAGUUGAUCUACGCUAUACGAACAGCAAGACCUGGGAGUUUAUACGGCAUGACUGGAAGGUGGAGUGGAAGCCUGAGCCUGAGCCGGACAAGCACUGCUCGCAGAUGUUGGUGAAACACGCUCUCACAGUGUUCGGACGCCACUGGCCUCUUCUUGAUUUGGACGUUGUGGCCAGACAGGUGGGUCCAGGUGUGGUUUUCCUGCUUUUUGAACACAGUUUUCUGGGUCGGGGUGUGAUCAUGCACUGCGUUACCCCAGUCGAGCCAUUACUGCAGUGUGUAUCACACACCAUCUUCUACCAGAGCACCAUCCCUCCCCUGGUUCCCAAAUUCAUUCUUCGGGCAGAGUGCAUUCAGUUUGAACGAGAUGUGAUGAUCUGGAACAACAAGACGUACAUCUCCAAACCUAUGCUUGUGAAAGAAGACUCGGCCAUUCAGAAACACAGACGCUGGUUCAGUCAGUUCUACAGUGAGAACAGCCCGCGACUGCGCUACCAGCACGACACUCUGGACUUCUGAACAUCAACUAUGCUUCAGCCCAUAUGGGUUGCUUAAAGGCCAAUACCAAUAUUUUUUUAACCGAAGCUGAUAUUUUGUUGGUAUUUAAAAA